CCACGUCUGUUUAGUAUUGCAUAGAUUUCCAAACGCCUAACUACGACUGCAAUCUUACGAUGCAUUUGAUUCAAAUUCAUAAUGCAAUCGGUUCGAUAAAUUCUCUGUUUUAUCGGAUUGGUGUUUGGCAUCGCGGAGAUAAUCCAACAGUCAAAGAAAUAAGACUUAAGUUCGCUUAUUGCAUUCAAUUCGUACUGUUCCUGAUAUCAUCGGUAGUUGGAGCAAUUACGAAUGAAAGGAUAGAAGCGUCCAUCUUCUUAGCGCAAAUAUCAAUCGCCGCUGCUGUUUUGGGAAUAAAAUUUUUGUUUUUAAUUUGGAAACAACACAAAAUUCUUGAUUUGUUGAAUCGAGUCUGUGUCUUUACGGUUCUAAAUGAUGACGACUACAAUCUUUACAAGGAAAAACUUAAAGGAUUCAUGAAAUUUGUGCUUGUGUUUCUAAUUACUGUAGCUGUUAUUGGCUUUUCAGGUGCUGUAAUUUUAUUGUUCCUUGGAACUGAGAGAACUUUUUUUUUGGAAAUUGCAUUUCCUAUGGAUUAUAGAAGUAAUGAAUUUGCAUUCUGGGCUGCAACUAUUUUCAUUGUCACUUCGUAUUCGAUGGCGACAAUCGGAAUCUUUUUCACCAUAAUAAUUUGGUAUCUCCUUUUGGUUUGUUCUUUGAGAUAUGAAGUACUUGAAAAUGGGCUAAGGUAUAUGGGAAGACGCAGUGAACAGAGAAAGUUCAAACUGCACGACGAUUUCCUCGAAGAUCUGAAAUCGUCACACGACUCUUACAUACACAUAAUGAAACUAACAAACGAAUUGGAGUCUUUCCUCGCAAACCUAUUCUUCAUUCAGUUCAGCACCAGUGGGCUAUCUAUCUGCGGAUCGAUCUAUUGCCUGGCAUCUAAUAUCGGUGAUACUUUAUUGGAGCACGUCCUAUAUCUAUUGAUAUGUUUUUACUGUAUUGCUGAUCUAUUUAUGAUCACCUACAUGGGGAAUGAGAUCAUGAAUUCGAGCAAUCGUCUCUCAUACAGUUUAUUUGAAUCGGACUGGUACAAUCAACCACAAUCGACCAAGAAGAACGUCGUCAUUUUCGGUGAAUAUUUGAAGCGACCGAAAAAACUGCUGGUUGGCAAAUUGUACCCGCUAACGUUGGAGACGUUUACAAAGAUUUUAAACUCAGCCUACAGCAUGUUCAACAUAUUGAAAAGUUUUCAGUAG